CCCAGUGCUGGCUCUGGCCCUAUGGGUUCCUGGAGGGCCGCACUCCCGGCCCAGCCAGGCUGAGCCUUCUAUCCCCUGCCUCUGGGGCCUGGGAACCCCCUCCUUUCUCUUGGAUGCACCUCCACCCAAGAAUCCAGACACCUGGGGGCUCUGCACUGUGGCUGGCUCGAGGAGCCAUCUGGUGACAGCCUCUGGCUGAGCAUGGCCCUCCUCGCCCUGGGCCUGGACCCCUGGAGCCUCCUGCGCCUUUUCCUCUUCCAACUGUUUCUGGCAAGGCUGCCGCUGACUGCAGGGGGCAGUGGGCAGGGGCCCCUGCCCAGGGUCACGUUCCGGGCAGGGGAUGGACGCAGGGCUCUCAGCCUCUUCCAGCAGAAGGGCCUCCAGGAUUUUGACACUCUGCUCUUGAGUGGUGAUGGAGGCACUCUCUAUGUGGGGGCUCGAGAGACCAUUCUGGCCUUGGAUAUCCAGGACUCAGGGAUGCCAAAGCUGAAGAACAUGAUACCCUGGCCAGCCAGUGACCAAAAAAAGAAUGAAUGUGCAUUUAAGAAGAAGAGCAUCGAGACACAGUGCUUCAACUUUAUCCGUGUCCUGGUCUCUGUCAAUGCCACCCACCUGUAUGCCUGUGGCACCUUCGCUUUCAGCCCCGCUUGUACCUUCAUUGAACUCCAAGAUUCCUACCUGUUGCCCAUCUCUGAGGACAAGGUUGUGGAAGGGAAGGGCCAAAGUCCCUUUGACCCUGCCCAUAAGCACACAGCUGUCUUAGCAGAUGGAAUGCUCUAUUCUGGCACCAUGAACAAUUUCCUGGGCAGCGAGCCCAUCUUGAUCCGCACGCUGGGACCCCAGCCCGUCCUCAAGACCGACAAUUUCCUCCGUUGGCUGCAGCCGGACGCCUCCUUCGUGGCAGCCAUCCCUUCGACCCACUUCGUCUACUUCUUCUUCGAGGAGACAGCCAGCGAGUUCGAGUUCUUUGAGAAGCUCCACACGUCGCGGGUGGCCAGAGUCUGCAAGAACGACGUGGGCGGGGACAAGCUGCUGCAGAAGAAGUGGACCACUUUCCUGAAGGCCCAGCUGCUGUGCUCUCAGCCGGGGCAGCUGCCCUUCAACGUCAUCCGCCACGCCGUCCUGCUGCCCGCCGCUGCCCCCGCCGAGCCCCGCGUCUACGCGACCUUCAGCUCUCAGUGGCAGAUUGGUGGGACCAGGAGCUCUGCUGUCUGUGCCUUCUCUCUCAAGGACAUCAAGCAUGUCUUUGAGGGGAAGUACAAGGAGUUGAAUAAAGAGACUUCACGCUGGACUACUUAUGGAGUCCCCGAGAUCAGUCCCCGGCCAGGCAGUUGCUCCGUAGGCCCCUCUUCUGAUAAAGCCUUGACCUUCAUGAAGGACCAUUUCCUGAUGGAUGAGCAGGUGAUGGGGACACCCUUGCUGGUGCAGUCGGGUGUGGAGUACACAAGGCUGGCAGUGGAAACAGCCCAGGGCGUCGAUGGGCACAGCCACCUGGUCAUGUACCUGGGCACCGCCACAGGGUCCCUCCAUAAGGCUGUGGUGAGUGAGGAUAACAGUGCCCAUCUGGUGGAGGAAAUCCAGCUGUUCCCUGAACCUGUCCGCAACUUGCUGCUGGCCCCCGCACAGGGUGCAGUGUUUGUGGGCUUCUCAGGGGGCAUCUGGAGGAUUCCCCGAGCCAACUGUAGCAUCUAUGAGAGCUGUGUGGACUGUGUCCUUGCCCGGGACCCCCACUGUGCCUGGGACCCUGAGUCUCGAACCUGCUGCCUCCUGCCUACCCCCAUCCCGAAGUCCUGGAGACAGGACAUGGAGCAAGGGAAUCCAAACUGGGCAUGUGCCACUGGCCCCAUGGGCAGGAGCUUCCAGCCUCAGAGCCGCCCCCAAAUGAUUAAAGAAGUUCUGGCCAUCCCCAACUCCAUCCUGGAGCUCCCCUGCCCCCAUCUGUCAGCCCUGGCCUCCUAUCGCUGGAGUCGUGGCUUGGCACAGGUCCCAGAAGCCUCGGCUGCCGCGGUCUACAAUGGCUCCUUGGUGCUGCUGCUGCGUGGUGGGGUGGGGGGCCUGUACCAGUGCUGGGCCACAGAGAAUGGCUUCUCGUACCCUGUAGUCUCCUACUGGGUGCACAGCCAGGACCAGCCCCUGGCCUUGGACCCUGAAUUGGCGGGCAUUCCCCGGGAGCGCAUGGAAGCCCCACUGACCAGGGUUGGUGGUGGGGCUGCCCUGGCUGCUCCGCGGUCCUACUGGCCCCACUUCCUCACAGUUACAGUACUCCUGGCCCUGGUGCUUUUAGGAGGCCUCCUCCUCCUCCUCACCUCCCCGCUGGGGGUGCUCCGAGCCCGGGGCAAGGUACAGGGCUGUGAGACCUUGCCCCCGGGGGAGAAGGCCCCCCUGAGUCGAGAGCAGCACCUCCAACCUCCCAAGGAACUCAGGACCUCUGCCAGCAAUGUGGACGCUGACAACAACCAUCUAGGCCCUGAUGUGGCUUAAACUCUGGGCACAGGCUGGGGGGGGCGGGCCCCCCGGGCACACUAGCUGGGGGGACCUGGGACAGCACAGCACAAAAGAUCACCUUCCUGCCAUGCCACAGUGGCCCUCAGUGGGGCUGACACAGUGGCCCUCAGAGGCUGACACAGUGGCCUGACCCCCUGGGGGCCUGCCCUGUACCACGCACACGGGCUCUCCAACUGCCUGUCCCAACCUGGGUCAAAUAAGAGCAGAUCCUUCAGCUCCGGCCAUUCCAAGAUCCUCCAGGAACAGACUGCUUCAGGAGACCCUACAACAUGUGAGUGAGUGUUCACCAACAUAUAAACAAGCCUGCAUGCCCGCUGCCCCCGCAGCAGCAGCUGCCAUACCACCCACCAAGGCUCUGCUCUCCCAGGGCUCCUGCUUCCCUUAUCAACCGUGCACUGCUGACUUCUGGGAAGUCCUUCUGGAAGUUUGACCACCUUCCUUCUUGUUUCGUUUGGGGGAGAUUCUGGUCCCUGCUGGCCCGGCUAGAAUAACAGGGGUAAUCUGAGCCUUGUUCACUCCUUUUUCUGGCUGACCUUGAUCUCUCUCCUCUCCCCUUUCCUUUAUUUUGGGAUUCAGAAAACUGCUUGUCACAGACAGUUUAUUUUUUAUUAAAAAGACAAAGCUCA